AUGCCGCGCACGUCUUUUGUGUCGCGGCGCUGCUUCUCUCGCUCCUCUCGCACACCACCACCAUGGUACGACCUGCCCCGCCCGGCAGUCUAUGCUGUCUACUCAAUAGUCACCUCUCGUUACAAUGACACCAUGGUACCUCUCGCCACGCCCAGCAGUCUGCUCUGCUCGUUACAGCAGCGCACGCGGCAGCAGUCAGACCUCACGUUGCGGCCGAAAUGGACUGCGGCGAUCUGGUACGUUCCCCGCCCCGCUCGCCUUCUGCUUCCCCCCCUUAUCCCGCCCCGCUCGCCUUUUGCUUCCCCCCCUUAUCCCGACCCGCUCUCCUUCUGCUUCCCCCCCUUAUCCCGACCCGCUCGCAUUCUACUUCCCCCAACACCCGUCCCCCCUUCUUUCAUCCCCCCUCUUGCACCCCUCCCGUUCCCCUUUCCCAGCUUCCACCGUUUCCCCACCACUCGCCCCUUCAUGCCCAGUUCCGGUCUUUGUCCCAACUUCCCCGCGCUUUGUCGUCCACCGCGCUUUGUCGUUCACCGCGCUUUGUCGUUCACCGCGCUUUGUCGUUCACUGCGCUUUGUCGUUCACCGCGCUUUGUCGUUCACCGCGCUUUGUCGUUCACCGCGCUUUGUCGGGCUGGGGCAGUGCGUGGAUCCCGACAAGCUGUGCGACAAGACGGCCAACUGCAAGGACAAGAGCGACGAGGCCGCGUGGUAUUGCAACCCGCUCGACUGCUCCGACCCCGACACCACCGUGGAGUGCGUGGGAACGGAGUACUGCGUGAAGCCGACUCAAGUGUGUGACGGCAUCAUGCAGUGCCCGGGCGCCAUCGACGAGUCCCCCGGCUUCUGCCUCGACUACCGCAGCUCCAACUGCGAGGAGGACCAGGUCAAAUGCACCGCCUCCUCCGCGUGCACCAAGGGGUACAUGUGCGACGGCGUCGCGAAUUGCCCCAAGAUCAAGAACGCGACGAGCGGAGUGCUGUACGCGCCCGAUGAGGACCCCAAGUACUGCGCCGCGUACUCGUGCCUGGAAGGGUUCCAGAAGUGCAGCGACGAGCUGCAGUGCGUGCUGGUCGAUGCCAUCUGCGACGGCAAGAAGGACUGCCUCGAUGGAAGCGACGAGUUCGACUGUGGUUUCCCGGAUCCCGUCAGCACGGGCACCCAGUACCAGGCCGCACUUAUUGCCCAGGACAAGGCAAAAGCGGCUGCUGAUGCUGCAGACGCCAAGGCCAGGCAACUCCAGGCAGACGCCAACUCUGCUGGGACCGAAGCGGACAGGCUUCAAAGAGUGGCUAACAACGCUGUGGGUGCUACGGCCAAGGCAAAGAAAGACGCUGCUAAAAAGGCCAAGUCGGACGUUGCUGCUAAGCAGGCUGCUGCUGCCGCUGCCAAGGCGGACGCGAAUAGCAAGCAGAAGGAGUAUGAGAGCGCGAAAGACACCGCGGACAGGCUCCGGGAGAAGCUGAAGAAGGCGAUUAGCAAGGCGCAAAACGCGGGCAGCGUGAAGGCAUCGGGUGCCGCGGCGGAGAGGCUGACUUCGGCGGCGGAACGGGCCGCAAUGCAGAAGCAGAAGAAGCAGGAUGCGAUGUCGUUUGCGCAGAACCAGCGACAGGCGAACCGCGUUAAGAUGUCUGCUAAAGCGGCUGAGGUGCUGAAUCGCGCACGGGCGGCGAAGAGCUAUUGGGACAAGGCGGUAUUUAAGCUGGAAGGGCUGUAUAAUGAUACUCUGGAUGCUGAAGCGCUACUUGAUAAGAUGAACGAAAGGUAUGAUAAUCUGACGGAGGAUAUUUCGCGGCUGAAUCAGGAAAUUCGGAAGUAUCUGGCCACGGGGGAGAUGGAACGGGUGAAGCUUCGGCAGAAGAACGUUGCCCGAACCAAGAAGUGGCUCGACCAAACCAAGUCGGAUCGUGACGAGGCGUAUCAGGCGUACUUGGCGUCGAUGACUCUUCUUGAGGGGGGGGAGGGGGAUGUGUCGCUGAGGCGGAAGACUUACAUGCGGAUUGUUAAGGAGUCGAAUAUUCUCAAUGGGAAGGACACGACGGAUCAGAUAAAUGACGGAUCUGAUGACAGCACUGAUGGCUCAGGUGAUGGUUCAGGUGAUGGCUCAGGGGAUGGCACAGGUGGAGGUGAUGCCGGGGAUGGCAGCGGUGACCCUUGGCUGGGCUGA